AUGCUUCAAUUGGCUCUUCGUGACCGUCUUACGUUCUUGACUGCUAAACUGACUAGCCAGCCCAAGCCUCCUGCUAUGACCGACACAAUCAAAAGCCCAAGCGACCUGUCUGCCUUUGAACGAACCUACGUCUCAUUCCCGGAAUUCAUCGAUCCCACACCAGCACAAGAAAGCACAUUAAUCAAACAACAGCAACAACAACAACAACAACAAUGACAGCUCCGGUAGCCAAACUUGUCAAUCGAAUUCCUAUCUUUUCUUUUAUAUAUUAUCAUUAUCAUUAUCACCGCUUUCUACUUUCCUUCAAUUGUACAGAUUGAACAGGAAAGAAUCUCUCACCACACCUACAAAUACGAUUACACACAGAGACAUUAUAAAUUCACAGACAAACAAACAAUAACAACGACAGUAAGAACAACAAGAAACGAAGGACCAGAAGAAAAUAAUGAAGAAUAAAAUCAAGAAUAAGAAGGG